AUGGUCAAACUGAAUUGUGAGACCGAAUGUGUGACCGACACACCUUGUGAUGAAGAACUCAUAAUAGAAGGACCGCUAAUGAACACAUUACAGGCCUGGAAGGACACCAGCACUGAGCUGACCAUUGAGCCAGAGAGGGCAUCCUCAGUCAAAAAUAGGGACGCUUCCGCAUCCAUUAUGAGCCUUCUGAUGAGACUGCUCACUGAGCAGCAGGAAGUAAAGAUAUCCAACUCAGAGUGGGAUGAGGAACAAUGGAAAGAUGAGAGGAUGCAAACCCUCAAGAAGCAGGAAGAGAGGGUGUCUAAUGAGCUCAGGCAAGAAGUGCCAAGAUAUAAGAAGGAAAUCAUCAUUGCAUCACCUGUGAUUGCAGUAACAACGUUUUAUUUUGUAGUUUUCUGUCUCCUUGUGAUUUUUCGGAGGAAGCUACAGAUAAAGGGAAGCUCAAGCCUUUUCUCCGGAUUCACAUCUUCGUCUGACAUUGAUAUAGAGCAACAUGGAUUUUGGAGCAGGCGGUUGUUUACGCUGAAGCAUGUAUUUCGCAGGAAGCAAAGCAAAAAGGGGGAGCAGAAGGCACAGGAGCAGGAACCGUUCUUGAAAACGGAGCGGAGUAAAUCUGCUGAUUCCUUAAGGAGGAUGGACACGUCCGAGUCUGCUUCUGACACAGAUGGGGAAACUAGCGCCUGAUACCUUCACAGAGCAAGGCCAUCUUCUGCCUAAUUAAACAUGUAUUGCAAAUG